AUGCCGGAAAUGGCUAGCAUUGAUACAGUAGCGGGUGCAAAAUUCAUUACUGUAUGUGAAGUACAAAGCGCGUACCACCAAAUACCAAUCGCCGAGGAAGAACAAGACAAAACGGCAUUCGUAACACGAAAUGGGAAAUGGGUUUUCAAAAGACUUCCCUUCGGGAUUGCUAACGCUCCCUUCCUCUUUCAACGGACAAUGGCGUUGGCGUUUGCACAUUUUGGUCCCAAAUCCGGGCUCCUAGUGAGUCGGGCGCGGGCGACGCUGGCGGUGGCGCCCCCUCGAGCAGGGAGGGCGCGAGCGUCGCCCCAUCUACCCACGUCGACCGGCACGGCCGAUGUGGGCGGCGGCGAGGACGACCGCCGCAGCAGCAGCAGCCGCGGUAGCGGCGGCAGCGGCGGCAGCGACGGCGACAGCAGUAGCCGCGGUAGCGGCGGCAGUGGCAGCGACAGCAGCAGCGGUGGCAGCAGCGUCGAUGACGGCGGCAGCGACAGCAGCAGUGGCAGCGACAGCGAGACGGAUCUCCCGGCGCUCUGUGGGCCAGAGGCCCGGCGGCUCGCCCGCUUCGACAAGCCGGCGGAACUCACCAGCCGCCGCACUAGGGAGAACCCUCGCCGAAAUCCGAGGUACGAGUCGCCCCCGUCGCCGCCCACAUCGGCCCCGUCGCCGACAAGUGCCGAAGCCCUGCUCGCCUCGGUGGCGAGCCUGCCCGUCAGCAGCACGGAGGAGUUCACCAGCUGGAUGCUCUCGGCGGUGCUUCACGUGGCGGACGCGCUAGAGGCGAGGGUGGCCAUGAGGGAAGAGUUUGAAGGGCACUUGGGCACGGGGACGUUUUCAUUCGUAGACGGUGCGCCAGAGGGGCGCAGGCCUGUGAGCUCAAAGUGGUGUUUUAGUUGGAAGACCAACAAGGAAGGGAAGAUAGACAAGUUCGAAGCGCGUCUGGUUGCUAGGGGGUUUUCGCAAAUCCCGAACGUCGAUUAUUUCCAUUCGUCUUCCCCUUGCCCCUCAUCCGCAUCCAUUAAGCUGAUGCUUGCGGUAGCGAACGAGAAGGGCAUGAACCUCAAUCACUGGGAUGUGAAGCAGGCGUAUACACACGCUACGCUAGACGAGGAGGUUUUUCUGAAGCUCCCCGCUGGGUGCGGGGACAAGUCGCAUAAGAUUGCUAAGGCUGAGCGUGCGAUUUAUGGUCUGAAGCAGAGCGGUAGGCAGUGGGGGUACCACGCUGCUGAUACGCUAGUCGAGAACGGGUUCGAGAAAUGCAAGGCGGAUCCGUGUGUUUUCCGCAAGAUGGUAGACGAAGUCGUGGGGUACCACGCUGCUGAUACGCUAGUCGAGAACGGGUUCGAGCAAUGCAAGGCGGACCCGUGUGUUUUCCGCAAGAUGGUAGACGAAGUCGUGGUGAUGAUUAUCGUGAUUUAUGUGGAUGACAUUUUGGUGGCUGGGUAUGACGAGGAUUGCGAGGAGUUGCUUGCUUCUCUCAACAAGAAAUUCCCCACCAAAAACCUUGGAGAGUGUCAAUGGUUUGAUGGGUGUGCCAUCGAGAGAGAUGUAGAGGCUGGGACUCUUAGAAUCUCCCAAACCGCGUAUAUCGACAGCAUGGUUGAACGCUUCGAUGUGAAAUCAACUUCCCGCAUCCCCGCUACCCCUGGUGCCGAUCUAGGGCCGAAGCGAGAGGAUGAGGAAGGAGGGGAGUGGCCGGUGAGGGAGGCCAUCGGCAGCAUGAUGUGGGUGUCGACUUUCUCGCGUCCAGACGUCUCGUUCGCCGUGCGUGCGGUAGCGCGCCACGCCAACGCCCCGGCGAAGAGGCCAUGGGNACCAGUGAACCCCCUCAGCUCAGGUCGCACGAAACACAUCGACGUGAGGUUUCAUUUCAUCCGCGGAUUGUUUAGGUCAAGAGGUAUUACGGUCAAGUUUGUUCCGACAACGGAGCAACACGCGGACCUCCUUACCAAGGCCCUUAGCAGGGCCAGCCUGCAGUACCACCGGAGCAAGUUGGUGAAUUUGCCGAAGCUGUAG